CAGUCAAAGCCCCGCCCGCUCCUGCGCACUACGCCUCACAACGGAACUACAACCCCCAGAAUGCCUCGCUUCCCCGGGAAGCGCUUUCACUUAGUCGUCGGUUCAUGGCGGGCGCGCAGGCGCAUUCCCUCGUCACCACUACCGCCGCGUUCCGCUCAGCAAGUGAUAUAGGGGAGGGAAGUGGAAGGCCCGAAAAAUGUCUAAGGGCCCUGUCCCUAGUUCCCCGUCUGCGUCCUCCACUUCUCCGGGUGUUAGCGCCGCUGGAGGCUUACAGGCCCAACCAGAAAAGCCGCAGCACUACACAUAUACAUACACUCACAUACCCCCUAGUAGACUGAUAUCAACAUAUACCAGGACUGAGCAUUCUUUCCCUUUGUACCUAAAAGAGUUCCGCACCGAACAGUGUCCCUUGUUUGUGCAGCAUAAGUGCACCCAGCACCGGCCCUACACCUGUUUCCAUUGGCAUUUUGUCAACCAGCGCCGGCGGAGAUCAGUGAGGAGGCGUGAUGGGACCUUUAACUAUAGUCCAGAUAUCUAUUGUACCAAGUACGAUGAAACUACGGGAAUAUGUCCAGAUAGUGAUGAAUGCCCCUUCCUGCAUAGGACAACAGGGGAUACAGAAAGGCGGUACCACCUACGCUACUACAAAACUGGCAUCUGUAUCCAUGAGACAGAUUCUAAGGGUCACUGCACCAAGAACGGUCAGCAUUGUGCCUUUGCUCAUGGCCCACACGACCUUCGCUCUCCUGUGUAUGACAUCAGAGAACUACAAGCAAUGGAAGCUUUGCAGAAUGGGCAGCCAACACUUGAUGGGGGUAUGGAAGGGCAGACGGCCAUGGCAGCUAGCCAUGCCAUGAUAGAAAAGAUUUUAGGAGAGGAACCACGCUGGCAGGAUACCACAUAUGUUCUUGGACACUACAAGACUGAACAGUGCAAGAAGCCUCCUCGACUGUGCCGUCAAGGAUAUGCCUGUCCUUACUACCACAAUAGCAAAGACCGGAGAAGAAGCCCACGCCAAAACAAAUAUAGGUCUUCCCCAUGUCCUAAUGUGAAACACGGAGAUGAGUGGGGGGAUCCCAGCAAGUGUGAGAGUGGGGAUUCAUGCCAGUAUUGCCACACACGGACAGAACAACAGUUUCACCCCGAGAUCUACAAGUCAACCAAAUGCAAUGACAUGCAGCAGUCUGGGAGCUGCCCACGAGGGCCUUUCUGCGCUUUUGCUCAUGUUGAACAGUCUCUAGUAUGCGAUGAUCUUCAGUCUCCCUCGGUGGUGUCCAGCCCUACACAGACGGCUCCCAUUAUGUACAUGCCAUCAGCAGCAGGAGACUCUGUACCUGUCAGUCCCUCAAGCCCUCAUGCACCAGACUUCAGCAAUGUAUGGGGGAAGAUGAGCCACCUCCCCACUAGCCCAACAUCAGCCACAAUGCUCUGUGCCAGCCUAGGAAGCCCAACCAAUCCCUGUGGGUCUCCGCCUGGCUCGCUAGGCAAACCUCACAGUUUAGAUAAUUUAGGUUUUCACACAGACCUACCUGGCAGCUACAAGAAAGCUCCAGGUUGUGAGCGUGAGGACUCUGUAGGGGCAGAUUACCUCAAAAGCUUUAAAAGCCAGGCAAAGUUAAAAACACACUCUUUGGAACAUAGAAACCCGGAGCAGCCUCUUCUGCAGUCUAAACAGGAAGUACUGGGUAUGUUACCCAUGGGGAGCCCACUCACCUCCAGCAUCUCCUCAAGUAUCACCUCCAGUCUAGCUGCCACUCCACCCAGUCCAGCUGCCAUCAGUGGUACCCCUGGUAUGAACGCCAAUGCACUUCCUUUUUAUCCAACCAGUGACACAGUGGAGUCUGUCAUAGAAUCUGCUCUAGAUGACCUGGAUCUCAAUGAGUUUGGAGUGGCAGCGCUGGAGAAAACAUUUGACAGCAGCUCAGUUCCUGCUGCAGGAGGCAUCAUGAUUGGGGGAAGCCUGAUGCAAAGCUCUGCUCCGGUUAAUAUCCCUGGGUCAUUAGGAAGUUCAGCCUCAUUCCAUUCCACCUCCCCAUCACCGCCUGUCAGCCUUUCCUCUCAUUUUCUACACCAGACUACGGGACCACACAGCCAAUCUGACAAUGCCUUUCUCAGUACAUCAGCCACUCAUGGGUCAUUAGGACUGAAUGGCAUGAAUAACAGCAUUUGGGAGCACUUUGUAUCAGGGAGCUACUCCCCAGGAACUUCCCCAGGUUUUCUGUCGGGCCCAGGGGGAGCUGAGCUCAUCAGGUUGCGACAUGAGUUAGAGGAGGCCAGCAGCACUAUUAAACAAUGGGAAGACUCGUGGAAGCAAGCUAAGCAGGCUUGUGAUGCCUGGAAGAAGGAAGCAGAAGAAGCCAAUGAGCGAGCAACUGCUGCCAGCAUGGAAUGUGAAUUAGCCCGGGAGCAGAGGGAUGCUCUGGAACUGCAGCUAAAGAAGCUUCAGGAAGAGCUGGAGAGGGUUCCAGGAGGGCAAGACUCAAAGAUGUAUGGCUCUAUGUCUGAGCUGGAGGGUCUUCCCCUUGCCACCCUCUUCACAAUCCAGAAGCAACUACAUGCCAACCUGGAAAGAGUCGACAAGGUCAGGCAGAGGGGCAGUUUACCAGCUCAAAUCAACAAGAUGUCCUAAAUGUCAGGACCAAAACAGGACAAUGCUUCAGUGCCAACACUCGGUGCUAUGUGAAAUGUGCGAGGGUGAGGAAGAAGAUUGCCAGACGAAUAUUACUCCUGUCUUGCAGCCGUGACCCUUGGCUGCCUGGAUACAGGCACUUCCAAACUCUUAAUUUUUUUAUAUACUUUUAUAAAUAUAUAUAUUCAUACAAUGAAAUCCUAGUGAAACUGAGCACUUUUAAACAAAGGAACAUUUUUUUUUCAUUCCCAUGGAAGGUACCCCUAAGCCUCUGAAUUUUUCUGUGGGGGGAGAGACUGAACUGAAACCAUAUGCUCAACCUCUUACGAGUGAAAUGGCUGAAAAUCAUAUUUAGUCCUGUGUGGGGUAUAAAUCAGAUUUGUAUUACAAUUAUAUCAAUUAAUGGGACCACUUUUGUGUCACCGUUUUGCAGAAAGCAAGCUAAUCUUUUACUCACUUUCUUGACAAACUCUACCGAGUUACAGUACUCUGGAUGGUUGACUGUUUUGUGGUUACCAGUACAAAACUUUGUUUCUCUGAAGUGUUUAAUUAAGGAUAUCUGCUUCUUGAAUCACUUUUGUAGAUUUUCAGCUUGUGGAGGGAACAUUCGCUGCAUUAUCGGCAAAAGGACAAAUGUCUAUAAUUGUCCAUCUCUGUGGCCUGAUGCCAUCUGCCAUUUAGUGUUUUACAUAAUUACCAGGGAAUAAGCGCAGUGCAGAAUCCCAUCCUCAGUAGAAUAGCCUGUUGUCAGUUCAGAUGUAUAAAUGUGGAGCUGAAGAACAGCCUUUACUGUAAACCAAUAUUCUCACUGUUUUGAAAUUAAUUAUGAGUGCCAGUCCUGUUCUUAUAUCCUUCCCAGGACCAGAACCAGUUCAUGUUUCCAAAGUUUAUAAGUAUUACCACACAUGCAUUAAAAGUUGGUUUGUACUGACAUAUACUAAAAGUAGUGAUGCACCAAAUCCUUAAUGCUUUACUGGACCAUACCCUUAAUGUUGCUGCAAUAUGAAAAUUAAGGUUCAGAUUUGGUUAGGUAUCUGUAGGGUCAGACUGGGGGGUGCAGGGCCCACAGGGUCUGCCACCCCAGUGGCCCCUGCACCCCCCCAAUGGACCCCCCACUGCCCACCCAAUCCCAUCCCCCAAGCACUUUUGUAAUAUAGUUACAUUGGUCGGGGAAGGGAUAACAGCAGCCAUCGGGAGCUCUGGGAAUCGGGUCUGGGCUGUUGGGGCCCGCCGGGUUUUUUCCCCCGGUGCCCUGCCGGCCCAGGACAACCCUGGGUAUUUGGCUGAAUCUUAUGAGGAGGGUUUAGUCUGAAUUUAGAAAUUAUUGAUUUGGUGCACCCCUAUCCUAAACCUCUAUUGAAAUAAAUUGUAGCCCAAGUCAUUGCUUCAGGAGUGCUGUCCCCAGCAUCCGAUAUCCUGUAUUCAAAGAAAUACAGUUUUUGGGAUUUAUGGUAGUAAUGUGCAGGACAGGAAAAACUCAACCCACACCCAAUUCUAACCAGGACUUUACCCUUAAUAGCAAAUUGUUGCCAUUGUAGGACCUGCACCCAACCCAUAGUUGCAUUUUUCCUUUUCUGAAUGCUACUUUUGCACGCGCCUUAGGUUCCAAGACAGGAAAACUUCUGGAGCAGAAAAAGAUUGUACUUCCCCAGUAUUACUCAAACCCAAAGAGUCGCACAAAUUUCAACCCUAACCCGUCUGGCCUAAGGGUAAACCCGCGGGUCAACCUACACAUUACUAGUAUACAACUGCCUAAGGGACAUUUUAGGUAUCAGGGUCUUCCCACAGCAAAAAACAAGUAGCAACCCAACUGCUGGUGCUAGGUAGGACUAUGGCACUCUCCCAUCUGCCAGUGGGCAGUAGUAAAGUAUAGAAAUGGGCUACAGUUUUAAGCCGUGUACAUUUAAAAUCAUAUUAUAUUAAAGCACUGAACAAACAAAGAUGAAAAAGAUGAUGCGGUUUUGGGGGUAUUUGGCUCACAUUUGGUAUUCCCCUAAAUUUGCUGCAUCCCUACCAAAUAAGCAUUAGAGUUGCCUGAGGGACAGGUCAGUUAUCUCUUUUUUUUUUUUUUUUUUAAAUAGAGAGCUGCAGUAGCUACAGCUACAUGAUGGCAUCAGUUAGUUCAAUACAUGCAAUAUACAGUAAAAUAAAUCCCAAACGUAACUUUUUUUUUUCCUAUCCAGUAUCGUUAGUAAUUCUUUUACACUUUCAGAUUGUUUUGUCUACUUGCGUGAGUAACUAUGAGUCGCAAACAAAUGUGAUAAAUUGUUAGAUUUUUUUUUUAUUAUUAUUAUUUCAAUUAGGUCAUUUUAUAAAAUAUUGUAUAUAUUCUGUUGACUUAAGGGUGGCACUCUGCACCGUUUACCUGUUUUAAAUGUCUCUGUUUUUCCUUCUC